CAGUCACCGGACGAUAGAAGAGCUCCCGGUUUGGAGGGCUCCCCGGGGGAGGAUUGCAGCAUGGGGCGGCCGGGGAUUUACGGAUUCGUGUGGGUCACUGCGGUGUUGCUGAGCCGAGGCGGAGACGUCUAUGGUUUCCAGUGUCUUGAUACCUACAGACCGUGUCUCAAUGGCGCUAAAUGUACAAUGUAUUCUAAUGGAGAAGCCUCCUGUGUAUGUCUGUCUGGUUGGAUUGGGGAGUAUUGCCAGUUUAAAGAUCCAUGUGUGCCAACUCCUUGUGUUAAUGGUGGCGUCUGCCAGAGCUCAAUCAAAGGAGUAACUGUACAGUAUGAGUGUAGCUGCCCCAAGGGUUUCAGAGGGCAGGAUUGCUCUCUUAUUGACGCCUGUGCUUCCAACCCAUGUGAGAACGGGGCUCGUUGUACCAACUGGAAUGGGCGAUACAACUGUACGUGCCCCCCAGGAUACCAAGGACGAAGCUGCCGAGUGGAUAUUGAUGAAUGCCGAACUCCUGGUCUUUGUCAAAAUGGAGGCCAGUGUAUGAACACUGCUGGUUCCUUCCGCUGCCGCUGCCCGAACACCUUUACCGGUCAGUUAUGUGAAGUACCCUACGUUCCAUGUUCACCAUCACAAUGCCAAAAUGGAGGCACCUGCCGACCGACUGGUGACCUCACGUACCAGUGUGUCUGCCUACCAGGUUUCGAAGGUCCGAACUGCGAGAUAAAUGUUGAUGACUGCCCUGAUCACAGGUGUAUGAAUGGCGGCACGUGUGUGGAUGGCGUGAACACCUAUAACUGCCAGUGUCCUCCAGAGUGGACAGGUCAGUUCUGUACGGAAGACGUGGAUGAGUGCCAGCUCCAGCCUAAUGCCUGCCACAAUGGAGGCACCUGUUUUAACACCCAGGGUGGGCACACCUGCGUUUGUGUCAAUGGCUGGACAGGAGAAAGCUGCAGCGAGAACAUCGAUGACUGUGCCACUGCCGUCUGCUUCCAUGGAGCCACCUGCCAUGAUCGAGUGGCUUCCUUCUACUGUGAAUGCCCCAUGGGCAAGACUGGGCUCCUAUGUCAUUUGGAGGACGCGUGUGUCAGUAACCCAUGCCAUAAGGACGCCAUGUGUGACACUAACCCAGUGAACGGACGCGCCAUCUGUACAUGCCCUCCUGGUUUUACAGGGGGAGCCUGUGACCAGGAUGUGGAUGAAUGCUCAAUAGGUGCCAACCCCUGUGAACACUUUGGGCGCUGUGUUAACACUCAGGGAUCCUUCCAGUGCCAGUGCGGUCGUGGUUACACUGGACCUCGUUGCGAAACGGACGUCAAUGAGUGUUUGUCCACCCCCUGCCAGAACGACGCCACCUGCUUGGACCGAAUCGGAGAGUUCACUUGCAUCUGCAUGGCUGGAUUUACUGGUACAUUCUGUGAGCUCAACAUCAAUGAGUGUGAUAGCAGCCCUUGUGUCAAUGGAGGAGUCUGUAAAGAUGUGGUGAAUGGGUUUACGUGUAGCUGUCCGGCUGGUUUCACAGGCACCAUGUGUCAGAUUGACAUUGACGAGUGCGCCAGUACGCCCUGCAAGAAUGGAGCCAAAUGUGUGGAUAGACCCAAUGGUUAUGAAUGUCGUUGUGCGGAGGGCUUUGAAGGUCCCCUCUGUGAACGUAACAUCAAUGAGUGCUCUCCUGACCCAUGUCACCAUGGAAAGUGCCGCGAUGGCAUUGCCAGCUUCACCUGCACAUGUGAUCCUGGGUACACCGGCUAUCGCUGCGAAAACCAGAUCAAUGAAUGCCACAGUAACCCUUGUCUACAUGGAGGAAAAUGCAUUGACCUGGUCAAUAAGUACUUGUGUUACUGUCAGCCAGGAACCUCAGGUGUUAACUGCGAAUACAAUUACGAUGAGUGUGCUAGCAACCCCUGCGAGUAUGGUGAAUGCAAAGAUGGCAUCAACGGAUAUGACUGUGUGUGCAAACCAGGAUUUACAGGUCCCCUCUGCAAUGUGAAGGUGUCCCCGUGUGCAUCUAACCCUUGCCAAGCCGGGGGUACCUGCCAGGUUGUUGACAGUGGCUUCCGAUGCGCCUGCUUAGACGAUGGUGUGCUUCGCGAUGCCCUGUGCAACCCCACUCAGCUUUGUAUACCCGGGUGCAAUCACGGGACAUGCCGCAAGUCCGGCGACGGGUACUCUUGUGAAUGCCACCCAGGCUGGCAUGGCAGAUCAUGUGACAGACGAAGCACCGACAGCUGUUCCGGCUAUUUUUGCCAAAAUGGUGGCACGUGCAUGGUGGACCACAGGGGGGCGCCUGUCUGCCGCUGCAGGGACGGAUUCAUAGGUAACUUGUGUGACACAAAUAUCAACGAGUGCGCCCCGGCACCUUGUCUGAACGGAGGGACGUGUGUGGACGGCAUUGCAGGAUACAGCUGUUUGUGCAUGCUGCCAUACACAGGUCAGACCUGUGAAACCCUGCUUGCUCCCUGCAGCCAUGAGCCUUGUCGUAAUGGUGGAGUCUGCAUGCCUACCGCAGACUAUGAAAGUUACACCUGCAAUUGCCCACAAGGAUGGAGCAGUGAUUCAUGUGACACUGAUGUGAACGAAUGUAGCCGUAGUCCUUGCCAAAAUGGCGGCCAGUGCACCAACCUCCCUGGAUCGUACAACUGUGCCUGUAGACCAGGAUACACCGGAGCCAACUGUGAGGCGGACGUUAAUGACUGCGCCCCCAAUCCCUGCCUUAAUGGCGGCGCCUGCAGAGACGGGAUAAACUCCUUCUCCUGCACCUGUCUGCCUGGAUUCACAGGAUCAAGAUGCAUGAAUGAAAUUAACGAAUGUCUUAGUAACCCCUGUCGUAACGGAGCGAGCUGCUUGGACUAUGUGAAUAGCUAUGUGUGUAUUUGUGCGCCCGGGUACACAGGCCCGUUCUGCGAGACCAAUAUACAGGACUGCACAGAUAGUUCAUGCUUCAAUGGCGGUACUUGUGUGGAUGGCGUCAACACCUACACUUGUAUCUGCCACCCUGGCUUCACCGGAUCUCAUUGUCAGCAUGAAGUUAACGAGUGCGCCUCCCAUCCCUGCCAGAACGGAGCCACGUGUGUGGACAAGGUGGAGUCCUAUCGGUGUAUCUGCCCUAAUGGAUACACGGGAACACAAUGUCAGAGUCUGGUGGAUCUGUGCCAGAGUUAUCCUUGCAAAAAUGGAGGUCGGUGUACACAGAAGGGCCCCUCUCUACACUGCGAUUGCCCUCCAGGAUGGGCAGGAAUCUACUGCGAUGUGCCCCGCGUCUCUUGUGAAGUGGCAGCCAGUAAGAAAGGUGUUCGCGUAGAUCAGCUCUGUCACUCUGGGGGAACCUGUAUCACUACUGGCAAUUCUCACAAGUGUUACUGCAGAGGGGGCUACACUGGCAGCUACUGUGAGACCCCCAUCAAUCAGUGUGACCCAGACCCCUGUCAGAAUAGGGGCUCCUGUCAUAGUUACCUGGGUGGCUAUGUGUGUGAGUGUCCGGCUGGAUUUGAAGGAAAGAACUGCGAGAUGGACAUUGACGAGUGCCAGUCCCAUCCCUGCCAAAAUGGAGGGUCCUGCAUUGACUUGAUUGGACGCUAUAUCUGCUCUUGCCCUCCCGGCACACUUGGAGUGCUUUGUGAGAUCAAUGAGGACGACUGUCCACCCUUCACAAAUACGGGACAGUCCAAGUGUCUGAACAACGGGACUUGCGUGGAUAAAGUUGGUGGCUACCGCUGCAAUUGUCCUCCGGGCUACACUGGCGAGAGAUGCGAGGGUGACAUCAACGAGUGCUUGUCCGGACCCUGUGUUGCCCAUAACACCCGUGACUGCGUCCAGAUGGCCAAUGACUAUCAGUGCAUGUGCAAGAACGGGUAUACUGGUCGCCGAUGCCAGAGCGUGGUGAACACUUGCGAGUCCCGGCCUUGUCACAAUGGCGGAGUGUGUCGUGUGACCGUAAAUACUCCUCUUGGGUACACUUGCCGCUGCCCCUCAGGUUAUUCUGGACCUUCAUGCGAGCACCCAGUGAAGUCCUGCAGAGACCUUACCUGUCCCUCUGGCUACACGUGUGUCCCAUCACCCCAGGGCCCUCGCUGUGUUUGCCCACCUGGCAUCGAUUGUCGUCUCAACACCACUGUGAUGACACCCCGCCUAGCAUCUUGUUCCCCCUCUACAUGUCAGAACAAUGCCCAAUGCGUGUAUUCGCCCAAAUUUCCAUACUUCGCAUGCAUUUGUCCAGCUGGGUUUUUAGGACCAAGGUGUGAAGCAAGAGCUCCUAUAAUCACUUUGCCACCCCAGGCUCCAGAAUGUAGCCCGCCUCAGUGCCUCAAUAAGAUUGGCGAUGGGCAUUGUGAUAAGGAAUGCAGUUCCAAGGAGUGUCAGUACGAUGGUGGAGACUGCAUCUUCAAAAGGGAAGACCCAUGGAAGAACUGUCUUAGACAAGACUGCAGGGCCAAUUUCAACAACUCGCAAUGUGACCCCCAGUGUGCAACAGCAGACUGCCUCUACGAUAACUUUGACUGUCGAGGUGGAGGAGAACGCAGCUGCAACCCAGUCUACGCAAAGUACUGCAUGGACCAUUAUGGAAAUGGCCGCUGUGAUCAAGGAUGCAACUCUGAGGAAUGUGGAUGGGAUGGCCUCGACUGUGUCGGAGGCCAGGAUGGAGAACAACUAGCGGAUGGAGUGCUGGUCAUAGUGGUCCUGCUUCCACCUGAGCAGCUGAUGAAGCAGAGCAAGGCGUUCCUGCAGGGGCUCAGUGCCAUCUUGAGGACCAGCCUGAGAUUCCGUCGGGACAAAAAUGGACAGUACAUGAUUAAACCCUACCGAAAAAGCCAGUCGUCUGAACGGCGCGCACGGAGAGAGAUGGAUCAUGAUAUCAUUGGGUCUGAGGUGUCAUUGGAAAUUGACAAUCGCUUUUGUAAGCAACAAGUGGACAACAAGAAGAUAUCUGAAUGCUUCCCCGAUGCAGAGGGUGCGGCAGACUACUUGGCGGCACUCAAUGCAGUAGACUUGCUGAAUUUUCCUUACCCUGUGACAUCUGUUUACAGUGAUAAGAUAGAAGAACCUUCUUCUUUCCAUCUGCUGCCACUAGUAGCAGUAGCUGGACUGCUGGUAUUGGUGGUGGCUGUGUUAGGUGUCCUGGUGUCUCGCAGAAAGAGAGCCCAUAGCACUCUGUGGUUCCCUGAAGGAUUCAUCUUGAAGAAGGACAGAGACCGCAGGGAGCCUGUUGGCCAAGAUGCCCUUGGACUCAAAAACAUUGCCAAAGCAGAACGUCUUAUGGAAGAUCCAUCUGAAGACUGGACAGAGACAGACUGCCCAGAGACAAAGAGACUCAAGACCGAGGAGCUUUCACCAUGUCGCCAGGAUCCUGUUGACCCCCGUCCCUGGACACAGCACCACUUGGCAGCUGCAGAUAUUCGACUCCCUCCAGCUACAGCAUUGACGCCACCUCAGGGUGACUAUGAGAGUGAUGGCAUGGAUGUCAAUGUUAGAGGGCCAGAUGGAUUCACCCCACUUAUGCUGGCUUCCUUCCUGGGAGGUGGCCUGGAGCCUGAAUCACAAGAAGAGGAGGAGGAAGGGGAGGUUUCCGCUAUCGCUGACCUCAUCUGCCAAGGAGCAUCUCUCGGGGCUCAGACAGAUCGGACCGGAGAGACUGCGUUACAUCUUGCAGCUCGUUAUGCCCGAGCAGAUGCUGCCAAGAGGUUGUUGGAUGCCGGAGCAGAUCCUAACGCACAAGAUCAUACAGGCCGCACCCCACUGCAUGCAGCAGUGGCCGCCGACGCGCAAGGAGUUUUCCAGAUCCUGAUCAGGAACCGCUCAACAGACCUGGACGCUCGGAUGGGCGAUGGCUCCACAGCACUAAUCUUGGCUGCCCGACUGGCUGUGGAGGGUAUGGUGGAAGAGCUGAUAGCCUGCCACGCUGACGUCAAUGCCGUGGAUGAACUUGGCAAGUCCGCUCUGCACUGGGCAGCGGCUGUCAACAAUAUUGAAGCGGCCAUGGCUCUGCUCAAGAAUGGGGCCAAUAAAGACAUGCAGGAUAGCAAGGAGGAAACGCCAUUAUUCCUGGCUGCCAGAGAGGGAAGUUACGAAGCUGCAAAAGUUCUCCUCGACCACUAUGCCAACCGUGAAAUUACUGACCACAUGGACAGACUGCCACGCGACAUAGCACAGGAGAGACUGCACCAUGACAUUGUUCAGCUCCUGGAGGAACACAACACAGUCAGAGGGUCGCAGGGAACGAUGGGAGGACACACCAUGUCACCACUUCUGUGCCCUCCCAAUGGCUAUAUGGGCAACAUCAAGCCGACACAACAAGGGAAAAAGAAUCGCCGGUCAGGUGCCAAAUCUGGCGGAGCCAGUCUGAACCGAGGAGAUACCAAGGAAGCAAAAAAUAGAAACAAAAAGUUGUCCCUCGACUGCCCUCCUGGGAGUGGAGGCUUGCUGGAGAGCUCAGUCACCCUCUCACCAGUAGAUUCCCUCGAUUCACCCCGUGCUUAUAGUGCCAAUCCUGGAUCCCCAGCAAUGCAGGCCCCUGGCACAUUUCACCUUGGCUCCAUGUCGGUGCCUUCUACUCCUCUUGUGAAUGGGCUUAUGGAAGGGCCUUUUGCGGUGUCACUGGCACGAUUAAAUGAGAUAGGAGAGUCUCAAGGGAAUGCAAUGCUGGCUCUGCAAGGAAGAAUACCAUUGCAGCGGGCACCAAGCUGUGUUGUCAAUGGCAUAAACCUUGGCAUGCUAAAUCCAGGCAACUUGCCUUUUACUUGGCAAAGCCCUGUGAAUCCUCCCCAUCAGGCACGAAACAUAAUGGCAGGGGCUCCUGCCGGGUCUGUUCCUAACUUGAAUCAGCUUCAUGCUCAGCAGGUUCUGAUGUUACAUAACCAGAUGGCCAUGCAGAGUCCAGUGAAGAUAUCUAUGGAGCAGUGCCAGAUGCCCAACACAACUCAUCUAAGGCAGCAGAGCAUGCCUCAUGUAGCUGACCGGUCUGUUCAGCCACUCACCCCCAGUGACGGAAACUUCUUUAAGCAGCAAAGUGUUCCUAAUGAAGGCAGUAUACAGACGCCAACGACUGUGCCAGUCUCGUCUCAACCGACCUUCGCCCCUUCUCAAGAAGAAACCCCUAAACACUACCUACACAUCCCAAGUGAGCACCCUUAUCUGACACCCUCUCCAGAGUCACCAGAGCAGUGGUCCAGCCCAUCGCCUCACUCGGUAUCGGAGUGGUCUGACGCCACCCCAAGCCCGGUGGUAGUUGGUGGUACUCAAGGCCAGACGUCUCACCUACCCGAGCAAGCCACCAAUAUGCAAGUCUUUGCCUGACCUGCGCAGGACUUCCUAAGUGUUUUGUAGUUGCCUUCACCUCUUGCCUACUCUUCACGUUCCAAUCUCGACUUGCCACCUUUAGACGGUGGCUCUCCUGCCAGUUUGCUCUUUCUUAAUCUACCAAGUGAAAAAAAAUAAUAUGAAGUUUCAUAUGAUUCUGUAAGAAUGUUUUUAUGACGGGACCAUGAAGAAAAAAAACAAAAAAACUUCUCUACAAGGGGACCAUUAUAUAUAUAUUUGUAUUUUUUGUAAAGACAUUUUCAUAACAGUAACUUUUUUUUGUUGAAAGGAUAAAAGACUGCAAUUUUAUUUUCUAUCCGCAGAUAUAAAAUGUAUUAUGUGCAAAGAAAAAAAAUGUUACAUUUUAACGGGGACUUUCCCUGCUUUUUUAUUUUAUUUUAGAAAAGCUAUUGUCACUGCCCUGUGCUGCUCCACAUUCAGGGGUUAAUUAUGACUUCAGAUGGACUUUUAAUAGACAAGAUUUUUAAAUUCCUCUCGCUCUUGAGUUUUCAUAAAUAUAUCUCCUUUUGGACUGAGUCUGAAGGAAGCGGUACAGAAUUUAGCAAGAAGUGUAAUCUCUUUGUAGUAAAGUCACCAAUUUGCAGCUUUUACACCUCCUAUUGGGAUUAAAUGGUCAGUGACGAUUCGUCACUAUAAAAAAAAAUAUAUAAUUUUUUUAAUUUUUAUAUGACACUUUGACAAUUUCUUGGGCGUAAAAGCUGCAAAUUAUUUUGACUCUCCAUCUGUUUUACAUUCGUCUUUUUUAUGUGCGUCUCUUGCUAAUUUGUAAGUAGUAUUUCUCAUGUGAGAAUUAAAUUACAAGGAAGUUGGGGGAGGGUGGGGAUCAAUUUUGGCCGGCUUUUAAUCAAAUUUUAAGAAUCGCUUCCAAUUUUCACGCUGAAGCAUUUUAUUUUGGUUUUUUUCUGCGUACAAUGCCCUGUGGUUAAUGGGGGAAGACCUUUUGGUGUUACCAAGAUUGUAAUACUUAAAUUGUAUAAUGCUAGGCUGUAGCCACAUAUAUAUGUCUAUAUAUAUAUAUUUUUAAAUAUAUAUAUUUUUUUUGUGUACUGGGUAUACAUAGAAGAGAUUAACCUUUUUUUUUUAUUUUUGGAAAUGCGACAUAAAGGCUCAGUAAAAGAAUCGUUUGAGCCAAGCGCGGAUAUUAAUAAUAAUAUACAAAAUAAAUUGUACUUUUUAUUUAUACUGUGGUAUAAAUACAUAUAUAUAUAUAUGCACAUAUCUAGAUCAUGAUUUGUGUGUAAUUUUUACACUGCCUUACGAAUAUGCUAGUUUUUUAUUUUUUAUGCAUUAAGUACAGUCUGAUAACUGCCUGCACCAUUAGACGCUGGAGGUGGAGUUGUUCCUCUUCCAAAAUAUUUUUAUUUUUUUAUUUUUUAUUUUUUUU